AUGUUCGCUGUUCAGAUUGGUAGACCACGCAGAGUUGCUAAAGGAGAUACUCAUAUGUGGAUGCAAAAACGUAUUACAAACGAGCCUAACUCAGAUAGUAUACAAUCGAUCGAUCAUGAAACUUAUGGUCAAGUCGGAAGCGCUAAAGAUACUGAUGCAUCAGGUGAAGUUCAUUUAUGGAUGCGACUCAAUGGUGAAGAUAUGGCAGAUUCGAACACGAUUCAAACAGUAGAUGCUGAUACGACUGUUUCAGUUUGUCAAGCCGUCAUCAAAAUGGAAGCUGGUGAUAAACUUGAACUAAUGUUUUCUACAGAUGUUACAAAAGGUAAACUUAGUUUUGUUAUCAGUCAGCCGGAAGGCGAAGAAACAAUACCCCGUAUGAGUAUGGGUGUGAGUACUAUAUAUUGA